UAUGUCAACUCCUCAAAUAAAAUCAAAAUUGGUUCAAACAUUUGGAAGAAAGAAGAAUGCUGUAGCAAGUGCAAGUGUUAGAGAAGGAAAGGGUACUUAAUAAUAAUAAAAUAAGGUUUGGUUAGAGUGAAUGGAGCUCCAAUUGAAUUAGUCAAUCCAGCACCAUUGAGAUAAAAGGCUCUCGAACCAUUAUUACUUCUUGGUUAAGUUAGAACAGGUAGAUUAGAUAUCAGAGUCACAGUUAGAGGUGGAGGAAGCACUGCUUAAAUUUAUGCCAUUAGAUAGGUAGAAUUAGCAAUCUUAAAUAUUAUUUAGGCCAUCAGCAAGGGUAUCGUUGCUUACUAUCAAAAAUACAUUGAUGAAACUUAAAAGAGAGAAAUCAAAGAUCUAUUAUUAUAAUAUGAUAGAACACUUUUGGUUGCUGAUCCAAGAAGAUGUGAGCCAAGAAAAUUUGGUGGUAAGGGUGCUAGAGCCAGAAGAUAAAAGAGUUAUAGAUGAA